AUGUAUCCUAACAUCUUGUAUGCGCUUCUGUCCACAGCGCUCAUCGUGCUAAGUACAGUGCAUCUCAUCUUGCUUACCAUUCACCGCCCCCAGCCUCACCAAUUGCCUGAGAUAUCAAUCUUUGUUCUCUUUGUCUGCGUCAAUGCUGUUGUCAUUGGCAUUGGUCUAUCAGGCUUAAGGCGCGGGGAUACGCCAGCAUUUUACUACUCCUUGGGAAUAUGUACAGCAUUUCCGCUAGCCCUUGAGAUGAUUCAGCUGAGCAAAAUCCAGGCCGGACCACUUACGAACGCCCUCCUGCAUCAAUUAUUCUUAGGGUAUUGUUUUCUGUCCCCUGCGGCAAAGCUCGGGUUGAUCCUAUGCUCAGUCGCCUACGAGGCGUCGGUGAAAGGUACAGCUGUGGUCGUAUCUAUCGACUACAUGGGCCCUGUGAUCCAUGAAGUUACAAUCCAUGCAUUUCUUGUUAUCGUAACGGCAGGGUUUGCCGCAGGUGGACUCGUCCACGACUGGCCCUUCUGGAUUGAACAAAACAAAGAACGAUAUGUUCCAGACAAAGCUCGCCAACGUCGGAAAAUCUCACACGAACCGAACCAAGUGAAUAAACAUCAUGAUGCUGAGACAAACCUCAACCAAACAAGCGCGGUCCCGCCCCAUCUUAGCCAAGCUAUUGACAUCGACAAAGAAUCAGAAGAAUCUGCGCUCUAUGAGCCCGACGCGACAACAGACGAACCCAUGGAGGAGAUUCCAGAUUUUAACAAUGAUGAUCUCUGGAGGAGCGUAGAAACGGAUAUAACUUGUACGCCAACCUCAUGUCAAAAUGCCAAGCCCUGGGCAAGGGGAAAGAAAAUAUUUUGGUUGGAGGGAUUUGUGGUGGGCUUGGUGGCAGGGCAGAGGAGUCAUUCGUCGCAGGAUUGCAACGAACCCUUCGCUGCAGCAAUUCAAAGGAUUCGAGAGGCUCUGGACCAAGAACUGGAUAAGAUGAAAACCAAGGGCGACAUAGACAAGCAUUAUUGGACGGAGAUGAUCUAUCGCCGGUUUUUAGGCUCCUAUAGAGUCCAUCAUGUACGAGAAAGUGUCCUACCCGCGGCUGAAGAUACAGGCACUACCGAAGCCAUUCUGUCCGGAAUCUCUCCCCAGGAUAGAGGUUUUCUUCUUAGGUUCGCAUCCCGUGAUGUGAACAAUCUUACUGCUGUUACAUUCAAAGAUAUUCAGUACCUUUACCGACGCGGGGCUAUCUUCUUGAGGAACUAUGGGGAAACACAGACAUCUGGAUUCAAUGCUGAGACAAACCUCAACCAUGCCGGCUUUAGUUCUUCACUGACAGAUUCCAAGGCUAUUCGGAAUCGAAACGGGGAGACCUGUUCAGAAUAA